AUGGCAAGCUCGGCAGGUGACAGACUCAACGCUUUCAACAAGCAAAUAGGAGGAACCCCAGCAGCUGAUGAGAGCAUCCCGCCCAUCAACCAAGUCGCUGCAGCAUCCAAUGGACCCAGAGCAAGUGACAAGGUCGUCAUCAUAACGGAAAGCCAGGCAAUUGACAUAAUAUCUCCAGGCGCCAAUUCCCCCCUCGGCAUAGGCCGGGCCACAGCCCACCAGUUCGCCCAGAACGGAGCCAAGGCAGUGUACAUCUGCGACUACGACGACAAGCACCUGUCCUACCACAAGACGCAAAUCACCUCGUCCUACCCAGCCUGCGAGGUGCACACCCGCAAGUUCGACGCAGCAGACGAAGCCGCCAUCAGAGAGGUCGUGGAUGACGCGUUGAAGCGGUACGGGCGCCUGGACGUCUUCUUUGCAAAUGCCGGGAUUACAGGCGCCCAUGCGCUGUUCACGGAUGUCGACAGAGAGGAUUUCAUGGAGACGGUGAGAGUGAAUACGCUGGGACCCUUCCUGGCCGCAAAACACGCCGCAAAGGCCAUGACCAAAACCUCCACCAACAAGCCCACCUCCAGCGGCAGCAUCAUCAUGACCGCCUCAGUAGCAGGCAUCCGCUCCAACGCCGGCGCCACAGCCUACUCCGCCUCCAAGGCCGCCGUCAUCAACAUGGCCGCCACCAUCGCCUACCAGCUCACGGGGUCCAACAUCCGCGUCAACGCCAUCUGCCCGGGGGUCAUCGAGACGGGCAUGACCAGGUCCAUGUACGACUCCGCCCGCAAGAGGGGCACCGAGAAGAAGAUUGGCCAGCUGAACCCGCUGCAGAGGGGCGCGCAUGCUGAUGAAGUCGCGCGGGUGGUGCUGUUCCUGGGCAGCGACGAGAGCAGUUAUGUCAAUGGUCAGGCGUGGGCUGUGGAUGGUGGAUUGAGCGCGGGCCACCCGUAUGUCAUGGGAAAGCUGGCAUGA